CGCACGUCGCAUCGCGCGCGCGUUCCACCUCCUCGCGCGAGCCCGCGGAAGCGCGAGCGAGAAGAUGACGGCGGCGGCGGCGGCGACGACGACGACGCGUCGGCGGUCCACCACCACGAUCUCGUCGUUCCUUCUCUCGCUGGCGUGCGCCGUCCUCGUCGUCGCGCCCUCCCCCGCGCGCGCGGCGGGCAUCUACGACCCGUGCGUCGCCCAGAGCGCGGUCCAAAUCGGCGACACCUUCUCCAUCGGCAUCGCGUUCUACCCCGGCGGCGCCAUCUCGGACUGGUACGACAGCGCGGGCAAGAUCUACCAUCCGUGCGACGCCACCGCGAGCGCCGUGCUCCAGACGAAGCUCGUGCAGACGCAGAGCUUCCGACCCAAGGUGGACCACCUGACGUUCUUGAGAGGCGACGCGACGGAGGAGACGGCCGUGUUUAACACCGCGAGCGGCACGCCUAUCAUCAUGACCAUGGUCGCGUACACGGCCAACGGGAUCAUCUCCGACCCGAGGAUCGUCCGCGUCACGAAUUCAGGCGCCAUCGUCGGCGGCAGCGAUCUCGGCCGCGUCUCCUCGCUCACGCUCGUCGCGCGGUUCGACGGCGGGAACGUGGCGCACCUCCAAUGGCACGACAUCGGGUGCAGCAGCUGUAAAGAUGGGGACUCGUGCAUCAACGUCGACGCGAAGGGGGAUCACUACGCGUGCGCGGGGAGCGAGACGGCGUGCUCGUGCACGGGGUCGGGGUGCGCGUUGAAUCUCGCGGGGACGGACGUGCUGCGAUGCCAGCUCACGACGUCGCUGGGGUUCAGCGGGACGGAUAAGCACUCGGUGCCGAUGAAGAGCGGGGCGCAGAUCGAGCGGUUGGGGCAGUACAGCAUCGAGGAGGCCGCGGACGGCGCGGGCGCGAGCGCGUACGGGAGGUAGAGGCGACAAGACGAGGCGAAGAUAGACACAGUACGUGUACUUUUGAGGGAUUUAACUAUUUAUUUUCGACC